AUGGAUAAUCAACGAAACAUGGAAGAUGCUCAAAAUGCUUUAGGAAUGAUGAUUUAUCAGAUUUUAAACAAUCAAGUGAGAAAGACAUGUUUUGAUAAAUGCUUUGGUCAGAAGUUUUCUGAACAAAUGGGAAAAAAUGAGCAAAUUUGUUUAGCAAAAUGCAUGGACAGAAUGUACGAAACACAUACAAUUGUAACCAAGGCGUCUACGGAAAUUUCACAAAAUUUAAAUAUGGAUACAAAUUUUUAA